AUGCCUCUUCCAGAAACAAUGGUCAAGUAUUUUGGUUUACGAUAUGAUCCAACUACUCUGAAGGCACAGGAUACGGAAGAAUGUCAUGUAAUAUUUCCUGGUUGGGGUGACACAUCAACCAUAGAGUAUUUACAGAGCACUGGAUUCCGUUUCUACAAUUACUUUGGUUCACUUGUUCGCACUUUGACAAUGAACAAGUUUUUUAUUAAAAAUUUUACACUCCGUGGAGCACCAUAUGACUUCCGUAAACUACCGUAUGAAAAUACCGAUUAUAUGGAAAGUCUGAAGCAGUUGGUUGAAGAGACGUUUAAAAAUGCGCAAAAUCGACCAGUUGUUUUACUUGGUCAUAGUAUGGGUGGAUUGUAUGCAUUGAAUUUUCUGAAUCGACAGACAAAAGAAUGGAAACAGAAGUAUGUGAAAUCAUAUAUCUCAGUUUCUGCACCAUUCGGUGGUUCUUUGAGAGCACUGUUGAGCAUCACUUCUGGUGAAAACUUUGGGAUAUUUUUGCGAAAUCCUUUACAUUAUCGACCAAUCCUGCGAUCGUUCUCUUCCAUCAUAUCAAAUCUACCUGAUCCAAGAGUAUGGUCAGAAGAUGAGCCUAUAAUAUCAACACCAACGAAAAAUUACACAGUGAAAGAUUAUUCAACUCUUUUUAACGAUAUCAAUUUCUCACUUGGUUAUGACAUAAUGCUGAAAGCCAAAGAAAACUUUAAAACUCUUGAAGCACCAAAAGAUGUCCGUGAAGUAUACUGCAUCUACAGCUCUGGUCUCUUGACAAUAAAAAAGUUGGUCUACAAAGCGGAGGGGAAAUCGCGUUCUGCUUUUCCUGACCAAGUACCGAUGCUAGUGUAUGGUGAUGGUGAUGGAACGGUUACCAUGAAAAGUUUAUCAAUAUGUAACGGAUGGCCUAAUGCAAACAUUAUUCACUUGACCGCAUCAAAUCAUGUGCCUAUUUUAUCUGAUAAACGGUUUCUUAAAUUUAUAAUGUCUCAUGUAGUCAGUUAA